AUGACUCAGCCACUACGGCUCCAUGUGGAUGUGCUGCGGGGCCGCAACUACCCACAGACGGAGGACGAUCCCUGUCCGUGUUCCACACGCGUGCAGCUCGAGCCGCGGGAUGCCGACGGCAAGAAUCCACUCGCCCCACAAUUCACAACAGCGCUGCAGCCAGACUCCAACGCCCCAUUCUACCACGACUCGGUGGACUUUGAUAUCCCACCAGGCCACUCCACCGUCACACUCGCCAUCGCCCUGCUGGAGACAACACGGAAAGUUGAACCGUACGUGCUCCUACAUGGAGUCCUUCAAGUUUCCCUCACCACACGCGGCAGGCAAGAAACAGUCAUCCCACUCACUAAACACAAUCCCAUCGACGAUCCAGAAGCCGCCCAGGAAGAGGUGAUGGAAGCCACAGAAAAUGACGAUCCAUCCCCAGUGUUAAGUCUCCGCUAUCAAGUAUUGCGACAGAAGGGUAACGAUGAUGAUGAUGAUGUGGACGUUCACGCUGAUGUUGCAUUACCGUCAAAUGUGACUCUCACAGGCGCCAAAUCUCUUGUUCCAAAGGAGUCUCGGUAUGUGUGGGUAAAUCUCACGUCUGAUCCUCGCUGGUUAGAGGCGUUCCGCUACGCACUCGUACAUGAGUGGCGGGACCGACAACCCUUAUUCCUGGAUAUGCCAGCAGAUGCUGGAAAUGGGGUAUCAACGGAUAAUUCUGCUCGAGAAGGAGAUAAAACUGUUGCUGCAAGUAAAUCCAAUGCACGACCAUCAGUAUCAUCUGCAAUUGAUAUUCGCUCUAUUGGUGAUGUUAUCAUAAAGAGGUGGUGUUGCCUUAGGUCCCAUGAAGUUUUAACACGACUUCGUCUCUGUGCAGAAGCCUUUGAUCGUGGUGAAAAAUCGCUUUAUUUUACUCGAGAACGUGAGCUCUCAUAUAGACUUCAGCGUAAGGAGCGCAUUUACCUCUUAAAGGAAAUGACUCAAGAUAUACUAUCUAAGACCAAGAAUACUCCGUUUUGUGAUUCUAUAGAUCAUUUAUGGAUAUUAUUUGCUCUAGGCAUAAAUUAUGAUCCGGCAGGGCCUCGUGCUCUUACUUAUGAUGCUCGUAAGAAGAUCAGAGAAGCUAAAUUUGAUGAAAACGACAAAGUUAUCCUUAACUCAUGUAUUUUAAAUUUUCUUAUCCCUUCCCUCACUGUUGAGCAAUGUGAUAUGAUUUGUGCAGCUGAUGAAAACAGUGCUGCAGAGGCAGCCAAGGUAGAAAACUCUGAAAGAGAAGGGAAAAAUGAAAAAAAUGGUGGUGCUUCAACUGGAGCUACUCCUAAAGAUGCUCAUAUUGCUACUGGAGGUGGUUCUUUGUUACCCCCACAAGCGGAAGUUGAAUUCGCCAUGUCGAUGCUUGAUAUAAUAGGUGCGAUGUUAGAUACACUCACAGAGACAGAGCUAGUGGCGGCCUUCAAGGUAUUUGAACCAGCUGUUAGUAAGGCAUACCAACGUAUUAAAGAUGGAGCUAAGGAGGAAGUUAAUAAAGUGCGCAAGAUGGUUAUUCCCAAACAGAGACAGUGGAAACCGUACAAACCUGGUGAAGGUAUUAAGUUUGAGCAUCUUGACAUCUUGGGACGAAGAAAGAAGAGUUUCCAACGUCCAGAAAAGAAAUAA